AUGUUUGGCCGGAAAAAGAAGGACGAGGACGAUGAGGAUCUGAAGAAGGACAGCGAUAAAGGGUACGCAUUUUCGUACAAAUACGGAACAUGGCUCGACAUCCUGAUGGUGCUCGUCGGAAUCGCGGUGGCCGUCGUCACCGGCCUCGGCAUGCCAGCCCUAUCAAUUGUUAUCGGCGACGUCUCCGAGACCUUCAUUAACCUACGAAAUGCACAAGAACUGAGAGACAUUGGCAAUACGACAAUCGUCGAGUACAAUCGAGCACUCGACAAAUUCACGGACGACGUGAUCACGGCCUGCAUCAAAUACACCGUCAUUGGCGUCAUCAUCAUGGCCUGCGCCUUUUUGCAGACGCUGUGCUUCAUGAUUUCGUGCGAGAACGUCUGCAACCGGAUGCGCCGCGACUUUUUCAAGGCCAUCAUGCGCCAGGAUAUCACUUGGUUCGACAAAAAUCACUCUGGCACGUUGGCCACCAAACUUUUCGACGCGAUGGAACGUGUACGCGAGGGUCUCGGUGACAAAAUGGGAAUGAUGGUCCAAUUUACGUCGCAGUUCUUCGGCGGUCUGAUCGUGGCGUUGUGCUACGACUGGCGGCUGACGCUGAUCAUGAUGGCCCUCUCCCCGUUGCUGAUCAUAUGCGGGCUUUUCAUCGCCAAGCUGAUGGCCAGCUCUACAGCGGAAGAGAUGAAAAAGUAUGCGGUUGCGGGAAAGAUUGCCGAAGAGGUGCUCACCUCUGUCCGCACCGUGUUUGCGUUCAACGGUCAAUUUGCCGAGUGCGAUCGGUACGAUGAAGCCCUCAAGGCCGGCAAACUGGACGGCUACAAGAAGUCGGUGUACAUCGGCGCCGGGCUCGCCGUGACGAUGGGCGUCUUGUUCUCGUCGUACUGUCUGGCGUUCUGGGUGGGCACCGACUACAUCUACUGGGGAAUGGCCUCGUCCAGCACCGUCCUCACGGUGUUCUUCUCGGUGAUGAUGGGCUCGAUGGCGAUGGGACAAGCCGGUCAACAGUACGGUGUUUUUGGAACGGCUCUCGGCGCUGCUGGAGUUGUUCUCCAGGUCAUCGACCGGGAACCAGAAAUCGACUCCUACUCGACGGAGGGCGCUCGGCCGACAAAAGUUCAAGGCGAGGUGACCGUCGAGAACCUCUUCUUCACCUACCCCACCCGCCCGGACGUCCCGAUCCUGAAGGGCAUCUCCUUGACGUGCAAACCGGGCGAAACGGUGGCCCUCGUCGGCUCUUCCGGUUCCGGCAAAUCGACCAUUGUGCAGUUGCUGCUACGUUAUUACAACCCAGAAGCCGGAUCGAUCAAAAUCGACGGCCUCCCAAUUCAAGACUGGAACAUUGAACACUUGAGGCGAACCAUCGGUGUCGUCAGCCAGGAACCGGCCCUAUUCAACGCCACGAUUCUGGAGAACCUGCGUUACGGCAACCCGGACGCGACGGAGGGCGAGAUCCAAUCGGCGCUUCGUCGAGCCAACGCCACCAAUUUCAUCGCUGGAUUCCCGCAGGGGCUGAAUACGCUGGUGGGAGACCGUGGAGCGCAAAUGUCUGGUGGGCAGAAGCAGCGCAUCGCCAUCGCACGCGCCCUUUUGCGCGACCCCCGAAUUCUGCUCCUCGACGAAGCCACAUCAGCCCUCGACGCCGAGAGUGAGCAUGUCGUGCAGGAGGCCCUGGAAAAUGCUUCAAUGGGUCGCACAACCCUCGUCAUCGCCCACCGUCUCUCCACUAUCAAGAAUGCCGACCGGAUCGUCGCGAUGAAGGAUGGGCAAGUUGUCGAAGUUGGCACCCACGAGGAGCUGCUCGAACAGAAGGGCCUCUACUACGAGCUCGUCAACGCCCAAGUUUUCGCCGACGUUGAUGAUAAGAAGAAAGGACUCGGUAAGAAGGCCGCCGGCAAGAAGCUGUCCGCCCGCCGCCGCACCUCCACCUCGCACAGCUCGCAGAAGGGAAACAUCGACGCCAUCGACGAGGAAGAGGCCAAGAAGGUCGACCCGGAAAAUGAGAAGGACGUCGAUCGGCUGAAGAGAGAACUGCAAGAGGAGGGCGGCCAGGAGUCGAAUCUGUUCAAGAUCCUCAAGUACGCAAAGCCCGAGUGGUGGCUACUGAUUUUGGGCACGAUCGCCUGCAUCAUCCAGGGCGCCGUUUUCCCCGCCUUUUCCCUAUUCUUCACCCAAAUUAUGCAGGUCUUCUCCGAGCCGGACCCGCACAAACUGCGCAAAGACGGCCACAUGUGGUCGCUGAUGUUCCUCGUGUUGGCGGCCGUCGAAGCGUCGACAAUGCUCCUCCAGGCUACUCUGUACGGAAUUGCCGCCGAACGGCUGACGAUGCGCUUGCGGUCGAAGGUGUUCCGAAACAUCAUGCGCCAAGACGGUGCCUACUUUGACGAUCCACGCCACUCGCCCGGCAAAAUCUCGACCCGACUGGCGUCUGAUGCGCCGAACGUCAAGUCGGCCAUCGACUACCGGCUCGGCUCGGUGUUCAACGCGGUGGUCGGUGUCACGGCCGGCAUUGCCAUCGGUUUCUACUACAGCUGGCAAAUGGCGUUGUUGAUGUUGGCGCUGUUCCCGUUGCUCGGUCUCGGCGAGGCCCUCCAGAUCAAGAUGCUCGAGGGGAAAAGCGGUGAAGACGCGAAGGCGCUCGAAGUGGCCGGAAAGGUGGCAAUGGAAGCCGUCGAAAACAUCCGCACCGUCCAGGCGCUCACCCUGGAACGAAUGAUGCACGCCAAAUUCUGCGGCCACCUCGACGGACCGCACAAGUCCAGCGUGGUCAAGGCUCUUCUGCAGUCUGUAACUUUUGCCAUCGCCAACUCGUUGAUGUUCUACAUGUUUGCGGCCGAAUUCCGAUUUGGCGGCUGGCUGGUGACGGCGGAUCAUGUGUCGAACCCGAUCGAUGUCAUGAGGGUGAUGUUCGCCAUCCAAUUCUCGGCGACGUCCAUCGGCUUCGCUUCGGCUUAUUUCCCCGAAUACACAAAGGCCAAAUUCGCGGCCGGACUGAUAUUCAAGAUGUUGGGCGAGACGCCUAGUAUUGACAACAUGACGCGCGGAGGGAAAACGCCGCCAAUCCGCGGCGCCAUUCGGUUCAGCGAUGUGCGCUUCCGGUACCCGGAACGCCAGGAGAUCGAGGUGCUGAAAGUGGACGGCGAAAACAUCCGCGAGGUGAACCCGGUGCAUCUACGCUCGCAUAUGGCGCUUGUAUCGCAGGAGCCGAUUCUUUUCGACGCUUCGAUUAAGGACAACAUCAUGUACGGACUGCCAAAGGGCAGCGUCUCCGAGGAGGACGUCAUCGCUUCCGCUCAAAAGGCCAAUAUUCACAAGUUUAUCAGCGAACUCCCGGACGGCUACAAUACACGCGUCGGCGACAAGGGCACACAAUUGUCUGGAGGCCAAAAACAACGCGUCGCCAUCGCCCGCGCGCUCAUCAGGAACCCAAAGAUUCUGCUGCUCGACGAGGCGACGAGCGCGUUGGACACGGAGAGUGAAAAGUUGGUGCAAGAAGCGCUGGACGCGGCAUCGAAGGGCCGCACAUGCAUCGUGAUCGCCCAUCGAUUGUCCACGGUCGUCAAUGCCGACUGUAUCAUGGUGGUGAGCGGUGGGAUUGUCAUUGAACAAGGCACCCACAAGGAAUUGAUGGCCAAGAAGGGCGCGUACUACAAUUUGACGUUGAAGCAGCAGACUCGGACUGAUGCCACUCCAGAAGAUGACGAGGAACAAGAACAAAGCGUUGAAAAGUUC